AUGACAGAAAUGCAAUGGCUUAAAACAUGUUUCCGAUGUUCAGAAGGGAUUCGUUAUAUCUGCAAAAAUUGUCAGGACAGUUUUUGUGAAAAAUGUGUUCACGAACAUGUAGAACGAUUAAAACAUGUUCAACAUUCCAUAGUUCUGUACAGAUACAAGAACUCUAAAAUGGACAUUCCAUCCUGCAACAAACAUCCUUGCUACAAACUUGAUACUUUCUGUCGACGAUGUCUUGUUCCUCUUUGUCUGAAAUGUUGGACCUACUCUAAAACACAUGCCAAUCACACAUUUGGUUACAUGACAGAGUUAAUUGAUAUCAGAAAAGAAGAAAUCUUAUUCGAGUCAAACAACUUACAGUCGGUUAUUAUUCCAAACCUGCUAAACAAAAGCAUUUCUCUAGAAAAGGAGUUGACAGAGGCAGAAAAUGAAUUUGAUGAUGCAUUGAAGAACAUGGAGGAAACAAAAUGCUUCAUUCUAGAAGAUAUAAAUGAAGUGUUUACAGAUCUGCAGAAAAGAACUAAUAAAAAGAAGGAAAAUGUGUUAUCUAUAUUCAGGAACAAGGCCGUUCACGUAAACGAUGCUCACUCCAAAGCAUUGCAAGUGCUUCACAGAAACCAUUCAAUUGUUCAGCUGGAAGAAGAUAAUGGUUUACAAAAGAUACUAAGAUACAAAGCGCAUGAUGAAACAUGUUUCUCAACUUAUGGACCCCAUUUGGAUAAAGUUCAUAAUGAUCUUGAUGUCCCUAUUGUUGUGCAAGGCAAAUCCUUGAAUGUGGUACAAGAGGUCCAAUCUGGUGGGUUCGGAAGCCUUGUGGUUGACCUCCAAUAUAGUUCUACAGAAGACGUGUCCAUCCCUGGUGGUAGUGGAUUGCUGAAAAAAGCUUUCGUGAUAAAAACAAUUCAAACCAAAGAAAGAAACAUUUUGCGCUUUGUGUAUUACAAAUCAGGUAUAUGGAUAUGUAAUCAUAAUUCUGUGAUUUCUUAUGCAGAUAUUAAUAGACGUUCGUCUGAAAAUCCAGAUAUUCAAAUAGCAUGUCCAAAAAGACCACAUGACAUUACGGUAUUCAAUAACGAAAUAUGCUAUAGCUGUGGAAGUGAAGGGGUUUUCAUUGUGGAAAUUGGAGAGUCGAAACUGUGUCUUUCAAUUCCUGAAUGGCUAGCCGAAGGAUUGUGUGCAACAAAUAAAAAUGAGCUUCUUGUUUGUGUCUCCAAUUCUUGGUCACAAGAAAUUAAAAUUAUCAGAUGUGAUGCAUCGAGGGACAAAUCAAAAUUAAAGAUAACUCAAGAAAUUCAAUUCAAUGGAGAACAACCUUUAUUUCAAUUCGGAGAAUACGAACUCUUCAUAGCUGAAAACAAAAAUGAAGACAUUUGUGUCUCUGACACAAAUGCUGAUGCAGUCAUCGUCGUCGACAAAUUUGGAAAAUUAAGAUUCAAGUACCAAGGAGAAGUUAUGUUUGAUAAAAUAUUAUUUAGACCUGAUCAAAUCAUCACGGACUCUCUUUGUAAUAUUAUUGUAACUGAUUAUAUGAACAACUGUUUGCAUAUUCUUGAUCAAAAUGGUUUAUAUCUAAAAUGUGUGGACAAUUGUGGAUUAGACUUUCCCAUACCUAUCGAUAUUGACGAGGAAGGUGAUCUGGUUGUUGGGAACUACCUCACCGGGCAGAUUAAAGUGAUACGAUAUCGAAUUUGA